AACCUUGCAGUGCCAUGUAGACUCCGGAUCGCAUAAAAUGGGGAACUUUAAAGGAGGAAUGCCAGUUCCUGAGCAGAGCCCAGUGAUGGAGGAGGGGCUUCUGCUGACCACCCGUAGUCAUACAACUGGCCGCGGCAUGGAGCCGAACAACACGGCCAACAAUAUACUGGCCUCUGUGAAAGAACAGGAGCUCCAGUUUGAGCGGCUAACUCGGGAGCUGGAGGUGGAGAGGCAGAUUGUGGCCAAUCAGUUGGAAAGAUGCAGACUCGGGGCAGAGUCGCCGGGUGCCGGGAGCAGCAGCUCAUCUGAGAAGUCCCUGCCUUGGAGAACUGCAGAUGCUCCCGCCUCAGGGGACCACAAGUCACGGAUGACUGACAGCUCGCAGUCUCCUAGCUACCGCAUCAGGAUGGAGUCAGAGCAGGUGUCUCAGUACUCCCCGGAGCAGUCCACCCCCCAUGAAAGUGAGGGGAAUUCGCGUAGCUCGAAUCUGAUGAAUUCGUAUUCAGACAGCGGCUACCAGGAUGCCCCCGGUGGCUACAACACGAGCCAGAAUGUGGUGAAAUCUGACCUGAGGAUGCAGCAUUCCUUUCCUGGUGCAGCCGUGAGCACGCCAAUGAGGAGUACCACGGCAGAAGGGCAGACGUCAUCCCAGGACCCAGCUGCGAGUGCAGCAGUGCCUGGCCGUGCGAUGCGGAGAGUAAGCUCAGUGCCUUCUCGCUCUCACUCUCCAGCUCACGUCAGCGGCAUCUCCCCCUCCCGCGGCUCCCUGCGUGCCUCAGCUGGCAGUGCCUACGCCUCUCCUAUAACCACUGAACCCAAACCCCUCUCCUGCAUCUUCUCCACCACCUUGCCCGCCACUCAGCGUACCGGUGGCUCACCUCUCUCCACCCAAAAAAACUCCCCCGCCGCUUUGCGGCGCGUCGGUUCGGCAAACUCCCGAGCGGGCAGCACCUGCCGUACGACCUCGCCCUACCAGGCCUCCGUGGCGUCGUCCUCAGGCCGCAUGGGCUCGCCUCUGUCGCUGGCAGACAACUCGAAGCAGCCCAAUCACUCGUCUCCUGUCAGAGCAAGUAUGGUCGCCGUUCCCCAGCACUACAGCUCCACCCUGCCCCGCUCCAUCAUCCACAACACUGACCCCUAUAGGACGCAGAUGUACGACCUUUACGAGAGGAGUACGCGACCAGACAGCCUAGCAGAUGCUCUGGUGGAUAAUGACCUUCAAGGGAUGCAGAACACAUACGCCAGUCAGCACGGCCAGCUGGGCCAAGGUUUAAGGUCCAACGUUUCCCCAGAGCGUCAUAUCGCACCUAUCUUUGAGGACCGCAUGUUCCAGAGCCCGUUGUACAUCAGCCCCAGCCACACUCGCCAGGGGACCAUCUGCAGGAGUGCCUCAGGUGUGGGGAGUCUCCAGCGGACGUCCAGUCAGCGCAGCGCCAUGACCUACCAAAGAAAAAACCUGGCUCUCAACACGGCGGCCACCUACGCCGAUCCUUAUCGCUCAGCGCAGUAUCGGCCCUGCGACUCCAACUACAGUCGGCAGGCUGCUAACAUGGACGAUGCCACCCGCUCGCCCUCCAUAGACAGCAUGCAGAAGGAUCCCAGGGAGUUUGCAUGGCGUGACCCCGAGCUGACGGAGGUGAUUCACAUGCUGCAGCACCACUUCCCCUCCGUGCAGGCCAAUGCUGCCGCCUACCUUCAGCACCUUUGCUUCGGUGACAACGCAAUAAAGGCUGAUGUGUGUCGGCUCGGCGGCGUCAAACACCUGGUCGACCUGCUGGACCACAAAGUCCUGGAGGUCCAGAGGAACUCGUGUGGAGCUCUGAGGAACCUCGUUUACGGUAAAGCCAUGGACGAAAACAAGAUCGCGCUGAGGAACGCGGGAGGCAUCCCAGCUCUGCUUCGACUACUGAGAAGGACCGUGGAUGCGGAUGUCCGGGAGCUCGUCACAGGGGUGCUGUGGAACCUGUCGUCGUGCGACGCCGUCAAGAUGACAAUCAUUCACGACGCCUUGACCAGCCUGACCAACACUGUGAUCAUACCCCAUUCGGGCUGGAGCAGCGCCACCUUCGAAGAGGACCACAAGCUGAAAUUCCACUCAUCACUGGUGCUGAGGAAUACCACAGGUUGUUUCAGGAACCUGAGCUCAGCUGGCGAGGAGGCCAGAAAACAGAUGCGCACCUGUGAGGGUCUAGUUGACUCACUCCUCUACGUCAUCAAAGCCUGCGUAAACACCUCAGACUUCGACAGCAAGAUAGUGGAGAACUGCAUUUGCACGCUAAGGAAUCUGUCCUAUCGCUUGGAGCUGGAGCUGCCGCCGUCCCGACUCAUAGGGGUGCAGGAGGUGGACGGCCUCCUGGGCAGCGAGUCGCCCUCUAAAGACUUGACCUCCAGCUGCUGGGGCAAAAAGAAGAAGAAGAAGAAAAAGAACUCCCAAGAAGACACUUGGGACGGUGUGGGGCCCAUCCCUGGCUUCUCCAAGCCGCCCACGGGGGCUGAGAUGCUGUGGCACCCUGCUGUGGUUAAGCCUUACUUGACACUCCUCGCUGAGAGCUCCAACCCCUCAACACUGGAGGGCGCUGCUGGGUCACUUCAGAACCUUUCCGCAGGCAACUGGAAGUUUGCAGCCUACAUCCGUGCCGCGGUGCGUAAGGAGAAAGGACUGCCCAUACUGGUGGAGUUGCUGCGGAUGGAUAAUGACCGGGUGGUGUGUUCGGUGGCCACUGCGCUGAGAAACAUGGCCCUCGACGUCCGGAACAAAGAGCUUAUAGGGAAAUACGCCAUGAGAGACCUGGUCAACCGCCUCCCCGGCGGAAACACCAGCUCGCUGUCGGACGAGACGGUGGCGGCCAUCUGUUGCACCCUGCACGAGGUCACCAGCAGAAACAUGGAGAACGCCAAGGCCCUGGCGGACACGGGCGGCAUCGAGAAGCUGGUCAACAUCACCAAGGGCAGAGGAGACAGGUUCUCUCUGAAGGUGGUCAAGGCAGCUGCUCAGGUGCUGAACACACUGUGGCAAUAUCGAGAUCUACGGGCCAUCUAUAAGAAAGAUGGAUGGACACAAAACCACUUCCUCACUCCUGUGUCAACGCUCGAACGAGACCGGUUCAAGUCCCAGCCCACCCUCCCCACGGGCAGUAUUCAGAUGUCCCCUCUCAACCAUCCUGCCGCCAGCGCCAUGUCGUCUCCCGCCAUGCUGGGCGUGAGAGACCACAGGGACACGGUCAGAGAUUAUCAGAGGGCACCGUCGACUAUGCAAUUUUAUAACUACCAGGUGGACAACAGUAUUCACAAAAGUCAGUACACAGGGUCUGGAAAACCUUCUCCGUAUUACUACCCAUCACCCACGCGGGAGGAACCCAGAAGAGCACAGCCGGUGUAUUAUGCAGACGAGGUGGGCAGCAGGAACUACGAGCCGUACAGGAUGUACGUGCAGCACGGGUACGACGACCCCUACAUGGACGAGGUGAUCACGUACCCGCCCGCCGUGGACUACAUUUCCCAGCCUCGCGGACUGAAGACCAGUACCAACUACGUGGACAUUUACGCCAGCACGCUGGGACCUUCCUACCGAGCCGAGCAGUAUCCCGGCUCCCCGGACUCCUGGGUCUAAUACGCUGAAAGAACAGUUAACAUGAAGUGUGUGUGAGUGUGUGUGUGUGUGUGUGUGUGUGUGUGUGUGUGUGAGUGUGUGUGUGCGUGUAGUAGGGGAGUUGGCCUGGCAGAGGGAACCACGGAAUGUGUGCUCAUAGAAGGAAAUUAGGAACGUUCUUAAACUAGUUAGAAGAGAAAAAAAAAAUCACAAGUGAGAGACAAAACUGGACAUGAUUGCCAGUCCUGCUUUGUUUAGAUGUCAGCUUGGAUUAUUUUGUAGCUUGUGCUAGUGCGGCGAGGGCGUGAGUCAUGUGAUGAGAGGAUCUGCGCGAAGAGUCAAAGAUGGAGAUUGUGUACGUGCUGAAGCCAAAAUGGAAAAAAAAAAAAUAAUAAUAACAAUACGAAAUCAAAGUAUGAGGUGAAAAUGUACAGAAAGAUGAAAGUGUACUUCCUGUUGUCUUGUAAAUAGAGAAGAAAACGUCACGUGACCUGGUUUACAUCCUUCUGCACUGCUAAAGCAUUGAAUAUGUGCCAUAUUAAAGCUCCAGAGAUAUAUAAAUAUGAAGAAAAUGGUGGUAUCAUAUCAGUCAUGAUCAUAUAAUAAAAAGGACACUUUUGUUUUUUAAACUCUGUCGCCACUUUUCCUCGCACUUACGUUGUUUUUAUUUUGUACAGUAGAUACGUGAUGACUGGGACACAAAAUACAUGUUGGUGUUGAUAUUAACAUAGACAAUGUUCAAAUCAACACGUCAUUUAUAAUAUGCAUUGAUAACUCAUUAAAAAUAACAAUAAAAAGAGAGCAGAAAAA